AUGUCAAAACCCCUGGCUCAAGGAAAAACGAAGGCAAUCUACGCUGUCUCCGGUGAUGACAGCAAAGUUUUGAUCAAGAGUUUGGACAGUUUAACCGCUUUCAACGCCCAACGUAAAAGUGAAUUGGAAGGAAAGGCAGCGGCGGCUUCAAAGACCACCUGCAACAUCUUUCGGUAUUUGAACGCUUGCGGUAUGUAAAUUCGAUGUAAUGUAUGCAGGAGGUAGACAAGUGUGGUUCUUAGAAAUUUUCGUGUACUCUGGAAGUACAGUCAAACAACAAACGUGCAAGGAGUUAAAAAUUCGUUAGAGUGGUGCCAUUUUCACUCAUUUGGCCCUGAGGUUAACCCUUUGGACCUUCGAGAUUUUUGUUAUUGACAGGCUCCGUUACAAAAUUUUCAGCCCGAUUUUUGAUGAAAAAUUAAAUUUUUGGCUAUGUCAGAUCUGAAUGUCAUUUCUCUUGAAAAUCCAGUCUAGCGUUUUGAUCUAAAAAUCUCAUUUUAGGGCUCAAAACGCAUUUUGUCCGCGAGGUUUCGGAAACCGAGUUCGAAGCCCUGAAUUGCACAAUGAUUCCGAUCGAAUGGGUGGCCCGUCGAAUCGCCACCGGCUCAUUUUUGAAGCGAAACCCGGGCGUGAAAGAGGGCUACCUUUUCACGCCGCCGCUCAUUGAAACCUUCUUCAAAGAUGACGCCAACGAUGACCCUCAAUGGAGCCGUGCGCAACUUCUGGAGGCAAAUUUUGAGCUUAACGGGAGGAAAAUCGGAGUCCACGAAUAUAAUUGGAUGCAGCGUGCAACGUCCGUGAUUUUCCGACUAUUGGAAAAGGCCUGGCGCACGGUGGGAUGUGUUUUGGUCGACAUGAAGAUCGAGUUCGGAGUCACCACGAAAGGAGAGCUGGUUUUGGCGGACGUGAUUGACAAUGACAGCUGGAGAGUGUGGCCAAACGGCGAUCGGAGAUUACAAUUGGACAAGCAGGUCUACAGAGACUUGCCACAGGUAAAAACUUUUUGAAUGGGGCAUCCAAGGUGCGAGGCAUUCGAUUUUUUAUUCUUACAGCAGCGGACCUGAUCCAGUGGCAAAAAACGUACCAUUUUGAAUCCGGGAAGUACGAAAAAAUGUAGCAAAAUAGCUCCCUUUCCAAGUUAGAAAGCUCCGAUUUCAAAAGCGCCCUUCAAAACGGAGUUUUUUACUUGGAGAUGGAGGCAUUUUGCUACAUUUUUUGGUACUUCCCGGAUACAAAAUGAUACUUUUUUUGCCACUGGAUCAGGUCUGUCACUGUAUGACAAAAUUUUUUAAUUUUUUGAGAUUGCGCUACAAGCAAUCGAAGUUUUUAGAUCAAAAACAAAAAUAUUGAACCCCAAAAUUUUUCCAGGUAACCGAAGAAGCGCUAAAAGAAGUCAAAAAGAACUACGAACGAGUUGCACAGCUGACAAAUGACUUUGCCGACCCAUCCAAAGUCCCCAACGUCGAAGCCAUUAUUAUCAUGGGGUCGGCCGCUGAUGCUGAUUAUGGAAAGAAAAUCGCGGCUUCUUUGACAAAUUUCGGAGUCGAAACCAGUCUCAGGGUUUGCUCAGCGCAUAAGUCGACAGCCGAAGCACUCGAACUAAUCGGAGAAUUGGAAAAUAAAGCCAAUCCUUGCGUUUUGAUCGCCAUUGCGGGCAGAUCCAAUGGACUUGGUCCAGUUUUGGCGGCUAAUUCUAUUCUCCCCGUAAUUAAUGCCCCGCCAUUCAGCGCGGACUGGGCUGCACAAGACGUUUGGAGCUCGCUAAGAAUGCCAACUGGAGUGGGAUGUACUACCGUAUUGGGAGCAGACGAGGUCGCGCUGGCAGCUGCAAAAAUAUUAUCCAUCCAUAAUCAUCUUGUUUAUGGGAAAUUGUUGGGAAAUCAGCUGAAUAACAUUCAGAAAAUCUUUGUAAGUCGACUACGUGAUUUUUUGCAAGCUAAACACACAUACCCUAACCUUACAAACCCAAAAAAAUCAUCUUUUGCACCGUAAUUUGCGUUAUUUUAGGACUCGGAUCAACAACUCGCCCAAUUAACCCUAUAA